GGAACGAGAGCGUGAGCUGUACGGGCCCAAGAAGAGAGGACCUAAGCCUAAAACUUUUCUCCUGAAGGCUCGGGCCCAAGCGGAGGCCCUCCACAUUGGGGAUGUACACUUUUCUGUCAAGCCUGGUUCCAGCACCUCCUCUCCCAAGCUCCACUCCAGCGCCGCGGUGCACCGGCUCAAGAAAGACAUCCGGCGAUGCCACCGCAUGUCCCGGCGCCCCCUGCCCCGUCCAGACCCCCAGAACGGCGGGAGCGUGGGUGGUGGGGCUGGCAUCCGUCCUCCCGUCUCGCCCUUCUCGGAGACCGUCCGCAUCAUCAACCGUAAGGUGAAACCUCGUGAGCCCAAGCGCAGCCGCAUCAUCCUCAACCUCAAAGUCAUUGACAAAGGUGGGAAGCCAGCCAACGGGGCCGGGGGCCUGGCUCGGCCCAAGAUCCCAUCCCGAAACCGCGUCAUCGGCAAGAGCAAAAAGUUCAGCGAGAGCGUCCUCCGCACUCAGAUCCGUCACAUGAAGUUCGGCGCCUUUUCACUCUACAAUAAGCCGUCCACUACACCUGCUCCCUCUCUGGAGGGCAAAGGGGAGGCUGAAGGCUCCCAGGCAGCCUCCUGUGGGCUCAUUAUGGGCUCCACCCCCUAUGAUGCCCCCAGCUCCAGCUCCUCCGGCUGCCCAUCACCUGCCCCCCACUCCUCCUCUGACCCAGAUGAUUCCCCUCCGAAGCUGCUCCCUGAGACCCUCAGCCCAGCCAUCCCCGACUGGCGCGAGUCAGAGGUCCUCGACCUCUCGAUCCCACCCGAGUCGGCUGCUACCAGCAAGUGUUCUCCCCCGGGAGGGUGCGGCGGGGGGCAGACGCCCUCCUUGUCGCUUUCAUCUUCUGACCCGGAGCAGGAGGCUGGCGACUGGCGUCCUGAGAUGUCCCCUUGCUCUAAUGUGGUGGUCACGGAUGUCACCAGCAACCUCCUCACUGUCACCAUCAAGGAGUUCUGCAACGCAGAGGAUUUUGAGAAGGUGGCAGCGGGCGGUGGUGGCGGAGGAGGCAGCAAGUGA